AUGCCACCUAAGGAGAAGGAGGGGAGAAUCAAACACGUCGGAAAUACGACAAAUUUCACCAACCACUUAACCCGCUGGCACCCCGAAUUGGCAACCGAUUCCAAAACACCACCACAGCCAGAAAAAACUCAGCCAAGUAUUCAACAGUCCAUGUUGUCAAUACUUCCACAAAACUCCGAGAGGGCAAAGAAAAUCACACGUUCUGUGGCGUCUUUUAUUGCCAAAGACCUAAGGCCAUAUUAUGUGGUCGAAAAUGUGGGGUUUCGCCACCUGUUGAAAACACUUGAGCCCCGGUACAAGUUGCCAGCCAGAGCAACAUUUGCAGACUCUGUUGUUCCUUCACUGUACAGAGAAGUGAGAGAAGAUGUUAGCAUGUCAUUGCAAAAAGCUAGUCGUGUAGCAAUCACCAGUGAUGCAUGGACAUCUGUCGCCACCGAGUCUUAUAUUACGAUAACGGCACAUUACAUCAACAAAGACUGGCAGAUGCUGUCGCAUGUGCUGCAAACCAGAUCCGUUUAUGAGAGCCACACAGGAGCCCAUAUGGCGACGCUACUGUUGGAUGUGGUGAAUGAAUGGGAGCUAAUGGAGAAAAGCGUUGUGCUUGUUACGGAUAACGCCGCUAAUAUGGCUAGUGCGGCAGCAAUUGGCAGGUUCCCCCACGUUAAGUGCUUCGCGCAUACUUUGAAUUUGGCAGCACAGCGAACGCUUAAGCUACCGACAGUCUCCAGGCUACUGAGCAGAGUACGACGCAUCUCCGCAUACUUCCACCGCAGCCCGAAAGCAAUGCACCUGUUUCAAGAAAACCAGAGAGCCAUUCUCAAAUUGACCUCCCCGCUCAAGCUGAUCACUGACGUCUCCACAAGGUGGAAUAGUGCUCAUGGCAUGAUGGAGAGGUUUUUGCAACUGCAAGCUGCCGUGCACGCCACCCUGUUGUCACCUGAUCUAAAUGUAGACGAAAGUGACAUCGUCACCCUCAGCAGAGCAGAUCUGGCUAACGUGGAGGAAGCAGUGAAGACAUUAAAACCAAUGAAGGAUGCUACAGUCAGCCUUAUUGCACCAAUACAUGGCCAACUCCUCCAGAGCAUGUCAGACACCAUUGGAGACACACCACUGAUCCGUGAUGUGAAGAAUGCAAUCAAAUCAGAUCUCCUCAAAAGGUACAGCAGUGAGGAAGAGAAGAAGAUCCUCCACAUAUCAUCUGCCUUGGAUCCUCGGUUUAAAGGAUUACCUUUCCUGGCAGAGGAAGAGAGGCUGCAUGUCUACGCCCUAGUGACUUCUGAGGCUGCAUCUCUGGAGGGCCCCCCCCCUCCCAAAAGAAGGCCAUCAUCGCUGCUUGUGACUUUGCUGGGAGCUGCUUUCACAAGUCAACCUGCAGAACAGUUUAAAUCUGUGGAUGUCAUUGCUGAGGAGGAAAUAGACAUUUACUGUAGAUCCCCAUCUGUACCUCUCUCUGACGAUCCCUUGCAAUGGUGGCAGCAUCGUGAGGGCACAUUUCCUCUCCUCUCUAGGUUGGCAAAGAGAUACCUGUGUAUCCCAGGCACUAGUGUGUCAGCAGAGAGAGUAUUCUCCACGGCAGGGGAUGUAAUCACAGCCAAACGAAGUGUUCUCAAACCAGAACAUGUUGAUCAGCUUGUGUUCUUGCACAAGAAUAUGGAAAUGCCCAAAUGCUGA